AUGGCCCGCCCGAGUCGCCUCGCGCUGGUCGCCCUCCUGGUGGCGGCCCUCCUGGGCACCGUCCUGGCCGACACCUACAUGAUGUUCCCGCCCGGCUCCAACAACCGGUGCGAUGAGCGCAGCAACAACCGCAACAAUGCCAACCGCCUGUUCGACUCGCAGAACAACGCCGCCGGUGGCUACCAGGUCUGCGACCGCGAGUACCGCUUCUACGAGGACACCGAGAUCAACAUCGAGUGGACCACGCAGCACGGUUGCGGCAACGGCGCCAGCAACAAGGCCGACAACUCGGUCCCCGAGUCGGUCGGCUGCCAGCAGACCAUCCAGAUCGGCUGCGAGGACACCUUCCGCAAGUAUGCCGGCCCGCAGGCCGACUCCUACCGGCUGACCGACGGCAUCUCCCUGGGCCGUGGCUGCGCCGACCGGCCGAGCGAAUGCCCGGACGGCAACAUGGACAAUGCCUACAAGAUCUUCGGCAACUCCUGCACCCAGACCCACCCGACCACCGGGCUGACCGAGGUGGCCUACCGGUCGCGCGGCCAGAACAUCGACCAGGGCAACCACUGCCCCAACGGCUUCUCCAACAGCGAGGAGUGCAACAACCUGGACCUGUCCAACUCCAUGGGCACCUUCAACAGCAACACCUGCCGCUGCUCCACCCGCAAGCAGAAGACCUUCGGUGUUCACGAGCCGGAGAUGGUCUAUGCCAAGUGCAUUUGCCGCGACCGCAACCUCGGCCUCUUCGUGGCCGACCGUGGUUCGUCCAAUGUGCUGGGCGCCACUCGCACUCGCGAGAACCCCGGUGGUGCUCGCUAUGGCUUCCAGUGCGCCGAGGAGGCCAACUACGCUCCCUACUGGCACUGCACCCCCUGGAUGGAUGUGGCCUACGUCGUGUCCGACACCAGCCGGUGCGACUUCUACCGCAGCGAGUCCCAGAAUGUCAAGGACAAGUGCGAGUGCGUUCCCAAGGCCGGCGACGAUGCCACCCUGGAGCAGAUUUGCGAGGCCCAGCGCUACAACACCGCCGUCGAUUGCACCACCAACGACCACAAGUGGAAGUGCGACUGCAAGUGGAACAUCCCGGCCCCGGAUUGCAUCCAGGCCCCCUGGCAGCCGGACAACCGCCUCGGCAACACCCUGGCCACCAGCCGCAGUGCCGAGGAGCUUUCCCACACCUUCUCCCACUACAAGUGGCACAUUCCCCGGAACUUCGUGCCCAAGGGCAUGGAUGAGCGCCGCUGUGUUCUGCGCAUUCGUUACAACAUCACCAAUGCCGAGGUCCCGCACGACUUCGACUACACCAACAACGACCAGAUCAAGAACAACCCGGUGUACGUGUUCGGCACCCCGGGCAGCUCCACCCCCACCGAGGCCAUGCCCCUGCGUCUGGCCAUCAACACCGCGCAGUUUGGCCGCACCUUCGAGGACCGGUCGUAUGUCUUUGUGGUGGCCAAGCGCCCCUCCAACCUGAAGGGCGCCCGCAUCCACAACAUCAAUGUUCGCGGCAAGCGCGGCAACAUUGCCCAGGUCCGCAACUGCGUCGAGUACAACUUCACCCCGGAUCACAAGCAUGUGAAUGUCGGCGAUUACAUCCACUUCCAGUGGUGCCUCACCGAGUAUGACGACCCGAACAACGCCGGUAAUGGUCUUGCCGGUACCGGUCGUGCCAAUGUCGUCCCCAUCCACAACUACGCCUCCAACAUCUUCCAGAACCAGGCCGAGGAGGAGCGCUGCCGCAUGUUCACCGAGGAGGACGAGCGCCGCCUGGCUUGGCUCGAUCAGACCGAGUGCCUCUCCGUGGAGGCCAUGCUCCAGGGCUCGAAUGACAACAACAACAUCCGCGCCUGCCAGUUCCUGAACGGUGUCCGCGACCCGGAGACCAAGAUGCCCACCGCCUACUUCUCCCACGUGGCCAAGGUCCAGAAGGCUUGCUCCUACAAGUACAUCUCCACCCGGAACAAUGACUUCUCCAACCGCGCCCAGAAGGGUGUCAUCAACGCCACCCCGGCUGGUGCCACCCUCGGCAUGGCCAUCGGUAUUUCCAUCGGUGCCAUUGUCGUCGUCGGUGCCAUCGUCGCCGUUGGUGUUCUUGUCUACACCGGCAAGAUGACCAUCGGCAACUUCGGCAAGAAGGUCUAA